AUGACAACCAUUAACACCCACCUGAGAGAAACCCUACCCAAAAUCCCGUACGUCAAGGCCAUAGACAUGUACCUCAUGGGCUGCUUCGUCUUUGUGUUCCUGGCUCUGCUGGAGUAUGCUCUGGUAAACUACAUUUUCUUCGGGCGAGGUCCUCAGCGUCAGAAAAGAGCCGCAGAGAAGACGGCGUUAGCCAACAAUGAAAAAAUGAGGAUGGAUCCAAACAAGUGGCUGGUGGGUAAUGUAGUUGGCAGAGAUGACACUCUGUAUGCCAGAAUGAAACAAAGGGAUCUGGACGGGCAUGAUUCCAUGUGGGAGCCUAUUUUUGUGGACGAUGCAGCUAUUGGACUUGGUGAACAAAAGAGUAAGAUGGACACACAUGAAAACAUCCUUUUGGGCACAUUGGAUAUCAAGAAUGACAUGGGCGUUACGGAGCUCGCCCUGGGUCUCAACGACCCGCGAAAUACCAUGCUAACGUAUGACAGUUCCACUCUGCAGUACCGCAAAGCAGCGAGGCACAACUUUGGCCGAAACGCACUGAUGGCUCAAAAAAAGAGCCGACUACGAAGGCGGGCGUCGCAGUUAAAAAUCAACAUCCCAGACCUGACUGACGUAAACUCUAUCGACAAAUGGUCGAGGAUGAUCUUUCCAACCGUUUUCUCCUUCUUCAAUGUUGUUUAUUGGCUUUAUUAUGUUAAUUAA